AUGGAGGAAAAAUGGUCAAUCGACAAGUUAGACGGGAGCAAUUGGAGUACUUGGAAGUUUCAAAUGAAGCAUUUGCUGUUGGCGAAAGGGCUGUGGGGUUUCGUAGACGGUUCGGAAGAGCUAGCAGGGUCAGCUUCGGAAGAAACGGCGGCACAAUUUCGUUCGAAAGCGCAAAGGGCGUUCUCAACAAUUGUUUUAGCAAUUAAAUCAGCUCAGCUAUAUUUGGUUAGCUCAUGUGAAAAUCCGAAGCAAGCGUGGGAUGCACUAAAGAAUCAUUUUGAGCGAGAUACGUUGGCGAACAAACUGUUUUUAAAGAAAAAGUAUUUCCGAACGGAGAUGAAAGAAGGAACUUCUAUGGAGAAACAUUUGAAACACAUGAAGGACAUCGCGGAUAAAUUGGCAGCUAUCGGUGCACCUAUCUCUGAAGAGGAUCAAGUUGUGACUUUAUUAGGAAGUUUGCCGAGAAGUUAUGCAACUCUUGUAACUGCCUUAGAAGCCAGAGUUGAUGAUGUGAAAAUGGACUUCGUUCAACAAGCUCUUAUGCAUGAAGAAUCGAAGCAAGGACCUAAGAACGAGUCAGUUAAGAAUGAGUCUGCCUUAAUGGGAAACCGAAAGAAAAAUUUUCAGGAAAGUCGGACGUGUUUUAAGUGUGGAACUGUUGGCCAUAUUCGUCGAAAUUGCCCUCAGGAAAAAGCGAGAUAUACAAAGCCAGUGUAUAAAUCAAGACAUGGAGCAAAAGUCGGAAAGACCCAAAACUCUGAUAGUGAAUCUGAAAGUGGUGCUUGUGUAUUUACAGUGUCCGAGGGAAAUGCAAAGCUUUCUGAUUGUCAUUGGUUGAUCGAUUCUGGAGCUUCAAGUCAUCUGACGAAGGACAAAAGUGUUCUGGUGAAUUAUCAACAGUUUGGGGAACCCGAAAGCGUUGCCUUGGGAGAUGGUCAUGUUGUACAAGCGUUGGGAUCUGGUAACGUGCAUAUGGAUAUGUUGUUCUCUGGGAGCAAGUCGAAGCGAGGUGUACUGUGUAAUGUGUUGUAUGUUCCAAAGCUUACCUCUAACCUGUUUUCCGUUCGAGCUGCCGUUGCGAUGUGGUGA